AUGCCGACCGUCGACGUCCACACCCACGUCUACCCCCCGUCCUACAUGUCGCUCCUCCGCUCCCGCACCACCGUCCCCUACAUCCGCAACUUCCCCGACGCCCCCGACUCGGCCCGCCUCAUUAUCCUCCCGGGCGAGGACUCGGCCAGCACGCCCAGCACCUCGCGCGGCCGCCCCAUCGGGCCCGAAUACCACUCCAUCGCCCACAAGCUCGCCUUCAUGGACGCCCACCACAUCGCCGCCUCGGUCAUCUCCCUCGCCAACCCCUGGCUCGACUUCCUCGAGCCCGCCGCCGCCCCCGCCGCCGCCUCCAGCAUCAACGCCGAGAUCGAAUCCCUCUGCGCCCAACACCCCACCCGCCUCUACCACUUCGGCACGCUCCCGCUCUCCGCCCCCGCCCCCGCCGUCUGCGCCGAAAUCGCCCACCUCGCCUCGCUCCCCCACUGCCGCGGUGUCAUCAUGGGCACGUCCGGCCUCGGCGCCGGCCUCGACGACGCCCGCCUCGAACCCGUCUGGGCGGCGCUCGCCGCUCGAGAGAUGCUCGUCUUCAUCCACCCCCACUACGGCCUGCCGUCGGACGUGUACGGGCCCCGCGCCGCCGCCGACUACGGCCACGUCCUGCCGCUCGCCAUCGGCUUCCCCGUCGAGACGACCGUCGCCGUCGCACGCAUGCUGCUGGGCGGCGUGUGGGAGCGCCAUCCCGCGCUGACGGUGCUGCUGGCCCAUUCGGGCGGGACGCUGCCGUUUUUGGCGGGCCGCAUCGAGAGCUGUGUGGCGCAUGAUGGGCAUUUGAAGAAGGAGGGGAGGUUGGAGCGGAUGCGGAGUCUGUGGGAUGUGUUGAAGCGGAAUGUCUAUCUCGAUGCGGUGGUGUAUUCGGAGGUGGGGUUGAGGGCGGCGGUGGAGGCGAGUGGGCAGGAUAGGAUCAUGUUUGGUACCGACCACCCCUUCUUUCCACCGCUGGAUGGUGAGGAGACGGAAUGGCUGAGCGUGAAGACCAACUAUGCUGCCAUAAAGAAAGCGUUUGAUGGGGAUGAAUCGGCUGCCGAGGCCGUCUUGGGAGGCAAUGCAGCGAGGAUAUUGAAGCUUGAUCUGUGA